UGGCUUGGUGUGCAGUCCGGUACAGAACUCCACCGAAUAGUUUACGCCGGCGGCCAAGCGAUUUUGAAUGAGACGGCAGAGACCGUCUAAUUGAGCUUUGAUUAGAAUUUCGAUGCGCGCUAUAAUUCGGUAAUUCCAAGGGGAAGAUCGGCUCUGCAUUCCGUGUCACAUUACGGCGACUGGACUAUCUGUCGCCAUUAGGGUAGCCUUCCAAUGGUAGGCUACUCGAUUGACGGUUUUUAAUAAUAUUUUUAGGUAGAAGUGUAGUUUUAGUCUAAUGAGAUCUGCGGUUUACUGAUAGGCUUGGCUUCUGCGCUUUCAAGGGUACGACAACGACACGUCCGAGGAGCAAUUGACUCGUGCGAGUGUUUUCUCAUCUGUGUCCACGAGCUGAGGAGAAGAAGCCGCAAUCAUGUUCGAGGCGAGAGGGAUUCUUUUUAUUCUGCUUGACAUAGCCUGUUUAAUUAUCGGGGGACUGCCCCUGGCAGCCUUUAACUUGGGCAAAAUCAAGCCCUAUCAGAGGGGCUUUUUCUGUAACGAUGACAGCAUCAGCUACCCCUUCCACCAGAGUACAGUCACCUCCAUUGUGCUCUACACGGCGGGCUUCGCUCUGCCCAUUUGCUGUAUGGUCUUUGGAGAGUGCCUUUCAGUCUAUCUAAAGCGCAUCAAAUCAAAGUCCUCUUUCAGCAACGUGUAUGUGGCCAAUGUUUACAAAGCCAUCGGCACCUUCGUGUUCGGGGCUGCCAUGAGCCAAUCGCUCACUGACAUCGCCAAGUAUUCGAUUGGUCGGCUGCGACCUCACUUCCUGGACGUGUGCAAGCCCGACUGGAAGCUGAUCAACUGCACGGCAGGCGCCUACAUUGAGGACUUCACCUGCACCGGGGAUACGCACAUGGUCAACGAGGCCAGGCUGUCCUUCUACUCCGGCCACUCCUCCUUCUCCAUGUACUGCAUGCUGUUCCUGGCACUAUACAUCCAGGCCAGACUGCAGGCAGAGUGGGCUAGACUCCUGAGACCAACACUCCAAUUCUUCCUGAUCGCUGCAUCCGUUUACACUGGCCUGUCCCGUGUGUCCGACUACAAACACCACUGGAGCGACGUCCUGGCUGGCAUUAUUCAGGGAGCACUCGUGGCCAUACUGGUGGUAUUUGUAGUGUCAGACUUCUUCAAGAAGAGGGUGGAGCCCCAGGAGGAUGUGGAGAUUCCCCACACCAGCCUGCAAGAGACACCCACUAACGGAAACCAUUACGACAGCAGCCCCAACUAAGCUAUAGAGAAGAGGAACCGUUUACUGCAUGCACAUCAUACCCCACUAAGGGUCGGACCACUGGGGUGGAAAGAAAUUAUGCGUCUCAAAUGGUACCCUACUCCCUACAUUUGGUCCUGGUCAAAACUAGUGCACUAUGGAGGGAAUAGGGUGCCAUCUGGGAAUGAACCAGACAUGUGAAUGUAAUCCUGCUUUGUGCUUUCCUGACCUAUGACCUGGAGCCAAGCUGUCUGAGCUCCCUAUUGGACUCUUGAGUCCCACCCAUGUUGCCUUGGCUGGACUGCUACUAUUACAGCUUCCUGUGUAUUAUCCAGACCAAUAUAAUGUAUCUUCACCUGAAGCAACAAAAAAACAUUUUGUUUUAUCCAGCUGUAUGUUAGAAGAAAUCACUAUACAGACUUUUAUUAAAAUUGUUGAAGUAUGUACAAA